GUGAUUUACUUUUCAAUAUAAAGGUCCGAUCUUGAAGUUGUGGUCUGUUUAAACAAUUUGCAUUGUCCCGACCAGAGUCUUUUGAUCUCAUCCAUAAACCAAAACCAGGUCUGCGCACGCGGACAAAACAGACAAAUCUUCCUCUGCUUUUCUUGUUCUUCUUCCCCCUUGACCCUUUCCCCCCCAUCAAGAAGAGGUCAAACCUACAGUCACAGCUCCCUUGCUCCGCCGCCCAUAUAAAAUGUACCGAUCUUUGGUGAUUUUCUGGGAGGAAAAUUUGUCAUUUUAAUCGAAUUUAUGGUCUGGGUAAUGCUCAGAAUCGCAUCCACUGUGCUGCUCCUCUCAUGAAAGAUUUUGAUUUGGGGUUUGUCGGAGAAUGUUGGUGUUGAGCAUGAAUUCGAAGAGGCAGAGGCGUCCAAGUAUUAGGUUAGGAGAGGUGGGAGAUGUUCCUGCAGCUUCUGCAUGCUGGUUUUCUCAGGCAACUCGGGAGUUCUUGACCCGGAGGAGCUGGGAGGAUGAUUUCAUCCCGGCUCAGGAGGUCGCCGAUGGCCCUUCCCGCGAUAAAAUCCAGCCCGAGUUUGCGGGUGCUGGUCAUGGGAUUCAUCCGCAUGCUUCAACUACUGAUAUGCUGCAGAACAUAGAAAACAAGAACCCCAACUCGUCAAAAUCCCAUUACGGUUUCGGUGCCAUCACUCGGAAGACCAGAGGGCCGAGAGGUCAAAACGUGAUGGGAAUUGGACUUGUUGCUGCUUCCUGUGGCUCUUUGCCAAGUCCUGGAGCGAAUACUCGAGAUGGGGCAGAGUUCAGCGGAAGAGAGUCAUCCGGGGGGGCGCGCAUCCGUGGUAAUUGCUGUUACCGUGAUGGGAGUGGGGGCCAUGGGCAGGGUCAGGAUAGGAGCUGCGUGCGCAAAUGGUUGGAGGAGCGAGGGUUUGGGGAGUAUGUGGAUGUCUUUGAAAUGCACGAGGUGGAUGAGGAAGCCCUGCCUCUGCUCACUUUCACUGACCUAAAGGAGAUGGGCGUGUUUGCGGUCGGGCAUCGGAGGAAGCUGUACAAUGCCAUUCGGCAAUUGAGAUGUGAUCCCUGAUGGAUCGGGCUCCUCUGCUGUUGAGUGCUGUAGUGCAGAUGGCCGUGAUGGUUCCUCUACAUCUAGUGGUAAAGGUUAUCCUGAUCUUGACCACAGGGUGGUCGGUAUCUGAUCUUCUGGGAUCAAAUCGUUGCCAUGAACGGUGCCUCUGCUGUUCUGUAAAUAAAGCGUAGUCGUACAUUAGAAUGUUGUACUUUGCCACUACAUGUGCCUUGGUCUGCCUUUUUGCUCAGAUGCAUAUGUACAUUGUACGUGAUUAGGGUGUCAAGAUCAUGAAAGUAGACUUCAACCUUGGCUUGGCAACAGGUCUUCGAAUGUGGAAUUUAUAGCGUGAUGAUGUUAGUUGCCCGAUACAUAGGCCCUUCAACAA